CGCCAGGAUCAAUCUCCAUGGAUGAUUUGGGCCAGCAUUUUGGCCAGCAAUUUUUGGACAAUUUUGCUUGGCCGGAUGCACGGCCCCUCUGCAAACGGACUUGCACUAGUGGAUCGCCCCACUUUUCUCUCUGUGCCGCAAACGCAGCCGCAACAACACCUUAACGCAAGGCUGGCAAAGUAAGGCCAACAGCAAAGUUUAACCUUCCAUCUUCCUCCCCAUCUCUUGUCCCCCCCCCCAUUUCUCACCGCACACCAAGCUGAAAAAAGCAGGACACCUACCCAAGUGCAUGGCCACAACUGUCCAUUGCUGAGCUGCUUGUUUGUUCCGCUCGGCAAGCUAUGCGCCCCUACUUUCGGCCACCAACAACUCUCUUGCGCCAUGAAUUGUGAAUGAGCCGGCCUCGACCAUGGCGGACCCUCGGCCGAACCAUCAGAAUGGCAUGCCUAACGAACGCUCUCAACCACAACCCGCUUUCACGCGACCUUUCACUCUUUACGAAGCCCUCCCUUACACACCCUUCACCUCGAUCGUCCCUUUCAACUCCGAUAUCAUUCCGACUCCUAAUCUCGGCUCAGCCUCACCCGCGCCCAGUCUCGUCGACCUCGUCCCCCCCAAUGACUUUGAGAGUCUGAAUGCCGAAGCCGAAGGGCAUUCGUCAACCUCGAAGCGCUUGGAGCAAACCUUAGGCCAAUUUCAACAUCUCCUAGAUCCCAAGCGCAUAACCCACUUCAAGUUCAAGUCUGGCCCCAAACCAACUCCCGGGAAACCCCCCACCCAACCUGCUUCGAUGGCGGCCAACCUGUUGCCUUUUUCGAAGAUGGUCUACGACCAGACGUCCGUAUCGUUCAGAUAUCCCACUCCAGAGACUCCCGGGCGCGCACGACCUAAUGGGCAUGGGCAACCGGGCACCCCCAUCCUCAAGAAGCAAAAGUCGCCAGUCGUUCACAAGUCGGAGAAGCCAAAAAUCAGUGCAAAUGCUGCCCUGAACAGACAAUCCCAUGCGCAAAACUCGAGCAGGUUCGAAAUCAUAUUGCCUUCAAAGAAACAUCUCGACGACGCUUCUGUGCUUUCUGCAGUGACGGGGAACAAUGUGGCCGCGGACACUCCUCUUCGAGCAGCGCAGCCAGCUUCUGAUGGGCAGCCAACACAGCCGAUCCCACCUCCCAGACUAACUCCUCAGGGGAAAAGCCCCACACAAAGGUCAUCCUUCGUGUCGCCAUCUCAAACCACACCCCAACCUGAGACUCCGAAAGCCGCGACCAUCACAGUUGAGCUUCCCCGCUCCGGCGCUUUCAAUAAGAACGAUUAUCUCGUGGUGCCAGACGAGGCCGACACGCCCUCUCAUCUAUCCAGGAGGAAGAGCGGCCCCGGCGAAUAUGAUGGCGGCCAGGAUGUGCUUGGCGAAAGUCUCGAUGUACGGCAGAGGUCUAAUGCGGCUUUUCAGGACCUUAGUCGUUGCAUCCGAGAUGUAUAUGAAGCUGAAGAACACUUACAUACCAACCGCGCCAACAAUGAAGUCGUUACGCUGAUAGCCGAGAACCAGCCAACAUUGACAGCUACUGCCCAGCGAAAGGUCCACACGCUCCUGGAGAGAGCUAUUGCUCUGAAUUGCUUCCAGAAAGCGCCAGUCGACGAUCUCCUUCACAUCAUCCAGCUGUCGGAUAAUGCGUUGAAGCACGUCGAGGGGCUUGAUAUCAGGAUCGAUGAAGCAUGGGGUCAACCAGAGGUUGAGCAAUGGCUGCAGCUUCUGCCGGAUAUUGACACUGGACUGAAGGCCGCCCGAACGUCGUUGAGGAUGAUGUGCGGAGGGCGCGAGGACAAGCAACUCUACUCAGAGGAAACAAUCGAGCAGUCGCUUAAUCUGUUCAAGAGCGUCUUGGACGGUAUCAUCGUGCCACUGGCCGAGUUACGAAGCGCUGGACCCACUGCUUCCAUCUUCAAGCUGCUUUUGCAGCACAAGGGCCGGAUUGGAGCCGUCUUCACAAGCGCCCAGAGGCUUUUCACGUUAAUGGGGACCCUGAUGUCUGCCAUCGACGUAUCAGAAACCGUUAUGAACACGCUUGAGUUUGCGUCAUCUCGUCUAGUUUUCCUAGAGAACUCUCAUACAGAGAAGGAUUCGGUAGUCGAGACUCAGAGGUUUGACGGGCUUCGUUUGGUGGCGAUGGACAUGCUUUGCCAAGUCUUCCUGCUGAACCCUCUUCAGAGGCAGGGGAUAUUCGACGACAUCUUGACCUCCUUGGAGAAGCUGCCAGUCGGAAAGCAGCGCGCCCGGCAGUUCAAGCUUGUUGACGGCACCAGCAUCCAGCCCGUGUCCGCAUUGAUCAUGCGGCUCGUUCAGGCCAGCUCUGGCAAGGUUGACGAGUCCAAAGGACACAGGCGCGCCGCGGCCGUCCUUUCGAUGGAAGAUGAUGGUGACGACGACGGCGGAGCCGCUGCCAGAGCCGACCCGAGCAGUUAUGGCGCCGUAUUCACUGUGAACAAUGAAGAGGCCGGUGCCGAGCAGCAUGGCACUGCCGUAUCUGAGCUGGGCCAUGUCAUAAACCCCCUCGUGGAUACGGCAAGACGCAAUGCGUCGUACGUCAUAAACUUCAUUGUGAAGCGGGCCCUCAAGUCAACGAAAGCCGGAGACACUCCAUAUCGCAACCUCCUCGACCUCUUUGUCGAUGAUUUUACCUCUUGCCUGAAUAACCCGGAUUGGCCGGCGGCAGAGCUGCUGCUUCGGCUGCUUAUGCUGAUGAUGGUUAAGAUCGUGGAGGACAACAAGUCCCCAGCGCCGGCGAAGAACAUGGCUCUCGAGAUUCUCGGGGUGGUAAAUGCGGCAAUCUCGAGGGUCAGGUCCUACGUCCGUAAGACGGCGCUCUCGCUAGACGCCACAGAGAGAGAUGAUUUGGGCAUGUUCCUCUCGGACCUAGGCACGUCUGCCCUCGAAUUGAAGUCCCGGCCGGAGCAGAUGGUUGCUUGGUAUGGGCCUUAUCGGGCCGCAUUGGAAUAUCUCGAGGAGCGACAUUCGGAGGAUCCGCACCUGAGCAGUGCCAUCUCGUUUCUCGUUGCCGAAUGGGCAACCAAGGUCUGUACAGGUUACGACUCUUUUGAGGACGACCAGGAUGAGCGGGACGAAGAAUACGGAAAGAUGGCAUACAGACUCCGAAUGAUGAUCCAGGAUCGUCGAUGGCUGGCCAACGAGUACUCGUUUAAGUCGGUCUCAGCAAACCAGGCGCGGCUGUCGUACGCCAUCACGCUUCUCCGCUCUCAGCUCUGCGAGUCUUUCUCUGCGAUUCUCAAUAUCCUCCUCGGCUCUAUGGCGAGCGACCAGGCCACAGUUCGGAGCAAGAGUCUGAAGAGCAUCAACCAGGUCUUGGAGACCGAUCCAUCGAUCCUCGAUGGCGACUCGGUCGUCAUCCAGCUGAUUCUGCAAUGUUCCAACGACUCGUCGACACAGGUUCGGGACUCGGCUGUCGGGCUGAUUGGAAAGUGCAUUGCAAUGCGGCCAGCCCUCGAGGAGGGAAUGGUAGAGACCGUUGUCCAGAGAUUCACUGAUACGGGGCCUGCCGUGCGGAGAAGGGCGAUGAAGCUUGCCAGGGACAUCUACCUUCGGAAUCACAGCAGGAGCGUUCGGAGCGCCAUUGCCUACGGGUUGCUCCACCGAGUCCAAGACCCAGAGGAAAGUGUGAGGGAUCUUGCGCGUCACACGAUAGAGGAGAUCUGGUUCGCUCCCUUCUACAAAAGCGAGAACUCUGCCGAGUCCAAGAUUUCCUUGGCCGACCACGUUGCUCUUAUGGUUCAGACUGUUAAGCAUGGCAAUGUCACCAUCGUGCUCGACAAGGUUCUUCAGACGAUCCUCGCUCCCGAGUCGAAAACGGCCCAGGCCAGCUUUGAUGUGUGCGCGAGGCUCGUUGCCAGCAUGUUUGAUCUGGUCGACAACCCGGAUCCGGAGGACCCCUCGGCGCCGUCUGGGAAAGACGCCCUGCAGGUCUUGAUGAUCCUCGCAAAGGCCGACGCGAGACUGUUCACAUUUGAGCAAGUCCGCCUUCUAAAGCCUUACAUAACCACCAUCAGCACUAGCGAGGAUCUUACCGUAUCCCGAGCCGUCGUCGUGAUUUACCGCCGGGUCCUCCCCCAGCUGUCGAGCGUGCAUGCGCAAUUCCUCGCAGAUGUGCGGAAGGAGCUCAUGCCUGCCGUCUCCAAGGUGACCCGGGCAUUACUAGAUGACAUUAUCGCAUGUCUCUGGAUCAUCAGCGGUUUGCUGGAGACGUCGGAGCAUCUGGCACGACUGGUAUCUUCGAGCUUGGCAGGCAUCCAAAAGCUGCGUGUCAUGAGUCAGCGAGAGCCCCUGGACGAACGCAAGAUUAGGCAGUUUGACCGAUAUUCGCUCAUCGUUGGCAUGGCUGGGAAACACUGCGACCUCGAUGGGCACCAUGAACUCUUCAAGACGCAGUUCCCAAAAUGGUCGGGAGCAUCGGUCUCGAAGCUCAUGGUGGACGUUUUGGUACCAUUUGCUGCGCCUUCGCAGCCGCUGGACGUGAGGAAGGCUGCGCUCGACGCUGUGGGCCUGAUAUGCCAGUCGGCGCCGAGGAACUAUGUUGCCGCCAACAUCUACACUGCCUUUCAGCAGGUCUUUGAUGAGCAGGUCCCGGCGCUUGAGAGUAUGAUCCUCAAGUCACUCAAGGAGUUCCUCCUCAUCGAGGAGAAGCGGUCCGAGCAGGCGUCGGGGGCGUCCGCCGCCAACGGAACAGAGAGCUCCAAGACGCGAGAAUUAACUGUGAUGGGAGGCACAAGCUAUGAUGACGUGGCCAGCGCCACGACACAUCGCUUCUUGAAAGAGGUGACCCGGAUUGCCCUAGCAGCGCAGGAUGAGCACGCCUUUCUUGCGGUCGAGGUGCUGGCCAGUAUCAACAGGCAGGGCUUGGUCCAUCCCAAGGAGACUGGGAUCUCUCUCAUGACUCUGGAGACUUCGUCCGUCCCUAAGAUCUCCGAGUUAGCAUACCUCGAGCACAGAGCUCUCCACGAGAAGCACGAAACCGUCCUGGAGCGCGAAUACAUCAAGGCAAUCCAGCUCGCCUUCACAUAUCAGCGAGACGUUGUAAAGGACCCUCGCGGAGCCACCACAAGUCCUUUCACCUCGAAACUCCAUCUCAUGAUGGAAGUACUAAAGGUUAGCAAGUCGAAGAACCGGCAAAGGUUCCUCGAGAAGCUGUGUGCUCAGAUUGAUUUCGAUCUCGGCAGGCUGGAUAGUUCGGAGGAGCCACCGGUCCACGUGCAAUUCUCUCGCUUUAUCAUCGAGAAUAUGGCAUUCUUCGAAUAUCUUACCAUUGGCGAACUUCAAGCGACCGUUUCGGCUAUGGAGAAGCUCGUGGCCAGCACGGGGGCAACAGUGGCGCACGCCAUUGAGUCGGAGAUCUUACAGAUGCGAAUGGAAGCCGAGCCUGACCCACAAGCGCCCGCAAAUGGCGACGUCAUUCAGGUAGCGCCGGCUAUGGAUUUCGUUCGCCUACGACAGCUGACGGCGGGCGCGAUGAUCUUGCACUCGCUCUGGGAGGCCCGCACGUAUCUACGCCGGCUCUACGGCAUGGGGACGAACCGCCGGGAGAACAAGCCCAAGGGCCAGGCGAAAGAUCUAUCCAAGUCUCCCGUGAAGGUGCAGGGCGUCAACGGUGAGAGGUUCUGGGACGAGGUGGGCACCAUCAUGACGGCCAUGUCCACGCGGGAGCGGAUGACGGAGACGUGCAAGGCGUUCGUGGAGCUCAUGAACGUGGACAAGGAGUUCAAGAUAGCCGACGAGGACGAAGACCUGGACGGGGAGGAACCAACCACCCCGAGCGCCGAUGAGGAGGGCGAGGAUGUCUCGGGUCGCGGCCGCAAGCGCAAGGCGAGCAGCACGCCUGGCGGUCGGAAGAAGAGGGCCAGGUCUGGCUCUCAGGUCCGCAAAAGGGGUCGCCCGCGGAAGAACCCCGUUGGGGUUCACGAUGCGCACGGGGAGUUUGAGGACGGCGACUGGCUCUGAUAAUUAUUCAUUUUAGGGGUGAAUGGGUUCGGGAAGGGGGCGUAUCUGGUAAAGGGGCAUUUUUUUUUUAAAAAAAAAGACAACCAACCCACACAAGACGAUGUGUCGGGAAUUGGUCGGGGAUCAGGCGUUA